UUGGUAAAAAUAGUUUAAUUGUGACACCAGAUAAAAAUCUGUGUAGCCUUUGGAAGAUUCGUGAAAUGUGUAAUAUAUGUACAGACAAAUUUUUUGACCCAUGGCCAGUAAAUGAAAGUGCUGGCCAUUCGUCAUUUUAUAAUUGCUGAACAUGUACUCCGUUAUCCAGGUUGAUAAAAUUUAUGAUUCAUCUGCUGUAUGAUUUGCGAAUUUGUAACAAGAUAAUUUUUGUAGAAUGAUUUAUAGGUUCGUUAAUUAUUGUUUGCUCUUCCAUAUUGUGUUUUAUUUAAUGUAUACUGUGUAAAACAUCACAAAUAUAACAUAUAAAAAAUCAAAUUGAUUUACUUUUUAAAUUUUGGGAUGUCAAUAUUUGAGAAACCUAGGACCAAUCAAUGCAAUUGUUAUUCGAUAUUCAAAUGAGUCAGGAGUCAAAAUAUUAGAUGAGUAACUACAUCGAUUUUACUACAUAUGUGACUUAACAGGAUAUUUGAGAAGUACGUAAUAAUAUAGAAAAGUAUGAGAAAAGUUUUGCAAUUUGGAUGUUCCUAAAUUUAUUGAGAAUAUGGUUGUCCAUUGGAUGAUGAUGGACCUGUAAUCAGAAAUGUCUCAUUUUUAUAUUGCUAUAUAUCCCGGGAUUUUUUUUUAUUAUUGGGUCAAAGUGGGGAAAAUCUACAAGACGCCUUCUGGUGGAAGGCAGUAUCGGACUAACCGACUAAAAACCCCUCUCCGGGCACCGAUCCGAAGAUCAUGGCCUAAGAGUAUAACCAUAUAGGUUUAUAUCCCGGGAUGGAGGACUGCGAGUCUAGCAGAAUAGCAGAACUGACCGGUCCUGACCUGAAGAAUAUUGCAGGAUUGGCAGGAGAGACAGAAAAAAUAGCCUAUCUCACCAGAGCAACUACAAUAAUGGAAGUUAAGAGGGGUGAGCAAUACAUAUCUGCAAUGCCACAAGUAGAAGUCAGGAAAGGUUGGUUCGAAGCAUUAAGGGACCUUGCGCCUGCAGUGGUCUGCAGCGAGAGACAAAGUAUAGUAAAAAUACCCACAAAAGGUAAUAAAUGGGGUAUUCUUAGGAAAGCGACAGAAUAUAUAUGUGGCGAGAAAAACAUAAGGGCGACAAUUUAUGUUAGCCAAAAAAGAUCAAUUGAGAUGGUAACCACAAAUGCAGAGGAGGGGGAACCGUUAAGGAAUCUGGGGAAAACUACUAAAAUACAUAAAACGUAUGCCCUUGUGGUUCAGAAGAAAGAUGCGGACUAUGAGGAAACUUUAAAAGCGGUAAAGAGUAGUCUAAGUACGACCGAGGGGAGAAAGGCGGUGCAAACGAUGAGGAGCACAAGACAUGGCAGGCUCCUCAUCACAAUGGAAAAGAACGACAGAAAGGCUCGAAGGGGAGGUAACCAAUCACAUCAAUGUCGUACUGGCGGGAGACCUGAACGCCAAAUCCAGGAGUGGGGAUCGAGGGUAGAGGACCGCAGGGGACCCAUGUUGGCGGAGUGGCUGGCCAUGCACGAUCUGAUGGUGCAGAAUAGGGGGUGCGUCCCUACCUAUGUUCAUGUAGAUAGGAACUUGGUGAUUGACGUUACGGCCAGUUCAGGUGAUCUGGCAGAUACAAAUAGACAAUGGCGGGUGAAGGGGGAAAAAUCACUUAGCUUUCAUCGAUACGUAAUAUUUGACGUGAUGAACGGGAGACAGGAAACCCCAAGGUCAACAAAGGGGUGGAACGUGCGACAAUUGAACCAAGUACUGUUGAGGGAAUGUGUGGAAAAAGACCUCGGAGAUAAAACCCUGACGCAUGGCCAGCUUAUCCAGCUUGUAUGAGAAACUUGCGAUAAGGUAAUGCCAAGAAAGGGCAUACAGGGAAGAUACAAGCCUAAAUAUUGGAAUAGGAAAUAGCGGAGGCAAGAAGGGAUUGCGUAAGGAAAAGGAGGGAUGCAAGCAGAGCGGCUGGAAGACCAAACCAACUACUAAAGCGGCAUGAAUACCGAAAUUCGAAAAAAAUGUUGAGGAAACUCAUCCAUAAACUGGAUCCGGAAUUCUGAAGACAUGGAGUUGGGGAUAGACGUGACGGCGGAGGAAAUAAGAAGAACCUCAGCAAAGAUGGAAACGGGGAAAGCUCCUGGACCCGAUGGAGUGCCUGCAGAGAUUGUGAAGUUUAUAGCGCAGGAGCAGGCUGACAGCCUAGGGGAGCCACAUUGAUGGCCAUUAAUAGGGUGAAGGAGCUGACCUUAGGAGAGAUGGGGAAGACCCGAGGGCUUUGUG